GAGCCAGGCUGCAAAGCGUUAAAAGAACCUUGGCCCUCUCGUCUCUCCUGGCUCCCUCCUCCCUCCUCCCUCGCCUCUCCCCCGGCUCUUCCGGUCCCGCUCUUGCAACACCACCCCCGCCACUCUCCCUUCCCCUCCUACCUCCUCUUUACUCGCAACUUUAAUUUUCUCCGAGUGUUCCGAACUCUGGCUCCCGGUCGGGCCUACUGGGUUCGAGGUCCUGGAGGACCGCACCCCGAUCUCUAUCUACCCUCGACUGUGCUCCUGGCUCUGCUGGUGGGGAUAUACCCCUCAGGGGUCACUGGACUGGUCCCUUCCCUUGGGGAGCGGGAGAAGAGGGAUAGUUCGUGUCCCCAGGGAAAGUACCCCCACCCUCUGAAUAAUUCCAUCUGUUGUACCAAGUGCCACAAAGGAACCUACCUGGCGAAUGACUGUCCGGAGCAAGGGAAGAUAACAGAUUGCAGGGAGUGUGCUAAAGGCACCUUUACCGCUUCCCAGAACCACGUCAGACAAUGCCUCACUUGCAAGAUAUGUCGGAAAGAAAUGUCCCAGGUGGAGAUUUCUCCUUGCAGAGCGGACAAGGACACUGUGUGUGGCUGCAGGGAGAACCAGUUCCAGCAAAUCUUUGGUGAAAAACACUUUCGAUGCGUGGACUGCAGCCCCUGCUUCAAUGGCACCGUGGCUAUUCCCUGUAAAGAGAGUCAGGACACCGUGUGUAACUGCCAUAUAGGAUUCUUCCGAAAUGGAAAUGAGUGUGUCCCUUGUAGUCGCUGCAAAAAAAAUCAGGAUUGUUUCAAGUUGUGCCUACCUCCAACUGGAAAUGUCACAGACCCCCAGGACCCAGGUACCCCAGUGUUAUUGCCCCUGGUUAUCUUCCUCGGGCUUUGCCUUUUAUCCUUCAUCUUCAUCAGUUUAAUGUGCCAGUACCCGCGGUGGAAGCCCAAGCCCAAGGUCUACUCCAUCACACCUGACAAAGAGGUGGAAAGCGUUGUUACUAAGCCCCUAACUCCAGCCCCCGCCCCAGCCCCAACCUUCAGCCCUACCCCUGGCUUCAACCCCACUCUGGGCUUCUGCUCCACCCCAGGCUUCAGUCCUGUCUCCAACACACCCAUCACCCCGGGCCUCCCCUUCGACCCUAGUAACUGGCCCAACUUCAGGGUCGUGCCACCUCUAAGGGAGGUGGACCCAACUCAGGGAGCUGACCCUGUUCUCAACGCAUCCCUCCCCUUCGCGUCCCACACCUUGCCGGUCCCCACCCCUGUUAAGAAAUGGGAGGACUGUGCCCACCCGCAGCGACCUGACGCUGCAGACCCCGCGACGCUAUAUGCGGUGGUGGAUGGCGUGCCUCCCUCGCGCUGGAAGGAGUUCAUGCGGCUCCUGGGGCUGAGUGAGCACGAGAUCGAGCGGCUGGAGCUGCAGAACGGGCGCUGCAUGCGCGAGGCCCAGUACAGCAUGCUGGAAGCCUGGCGGCGGCGCACACCUCGCCACGAGGCCACGCUGGACGUACUGGGCCAGGUGCUUUGCGACAUGAACCUGCGGGGCUGCCUGGAGAAUAUCCAGGAGGCGCUCGGAAGCUCCGCCUCCUCGUCUGCGCCCUGCCUCCCGCGAUGAGGCCACACCCCGCCUCAAGGGAGGGACUUCAGGACAGUCCUGGCAAGAAGAAGCUCUGAUGCCCUUUGGGCCUCCUCUUUGGACGAAAAGGAGGGAAGGGCAUUGAAAGGGGCAGAGCCGAGCCAGCGGCCGCUUCCUUGGUGCUACGCCACUUGGUGUACAUAGCUUUUCUCAGCUAACGAGGAACGCCCCAGAGCCAACUACUUGUGCGGGGCAGCAAUAUGUGCCAUCUGCCUGCUCCCAGCAGGCUAAGGGUGCCAAAAGCCAGAACAGGUGAUUGUAGAGGAAAGGGACACUAUAUCUCAUGCCCACUUGGGGAUGCACAGGACUCAAGCAAGGCUCCUAGGGACCUCCCCAGUUGGUUCCUGGGCCUUUUUCACAGUAGGUAAGCAAUAUUUGUAUCAAUUAUAUCACACUAAGGGAAACUCGGCUUCCCUUUGCUCCCUGCCUGGACAAACACAGCUGAACUGUCUAAGAUAGGGGCAAGCACAGAACAAUGGGUCUCUAGCUGGAGCCGUGGACUCUUGUAAAUACACUAAAAGUCUAAAAAUGA